AUGCAGCUGCCAACCAAAGACCGGUGGCCUGCCCAUCUUGCCCUGCAGAGCUAUCUGCAUGCAAUUCAUGCCAUUCAAAUGUCACUGACUGAUAUUACCAAAGCUGCCUGUGAUGAUCGGAUCCUCGCAACUGUGUCUCUGCUCGCCUGUUUCGAGGCAUGUGCCAGAUUUCCUAAAUUCUCUUGCCGAUCAGAUGCGACACCCACUGUGGCGCCGCAUGUCACGGCCGCGGGCCUCCUACUUACCCAACGCCGACCCUGCGAGUUUCGCACUAAGGCUGCGGCCACGUUUGAUCGCAUAUGCGUCGAGUCAUUUCUAUACCAAGCAUGCCUCAUGAUGAUCUUUGACCCGUCACUUGAUGCGCUCCCGGAUAAUCGAGAGCAGCUGGAGCUCCCGCUUUAUUUUGAUCAGUCCACAAAGUCAGACUCUACGCCAGGAGAGACUGUUCUGCAGGCGUCUUACAAGUUCUUUUUACUCAUUGCCGAUGUUACGAAACUAUCCCGGCUAUCAAGACCGCUUGAUAGUGCUGAAGUGGCCAAGUGGCGAAGUCUAAGUUCUAAGUUGUCGCGCUGGAGUCAUCUCAUCUGUUCAGCAGAUAUGUCUCUCGCGUUAUGCUACCUAGCACUUCAAAUCCUACUCCAAAAGGUGAAUCCGAACAUCACCUCCAGUGAACGGGUCCGGCGAGUGCACUCUUGUCUAGCAGGGGGUUUACAGCGGGUACCUGCGUUGGAAAUAGAUAUUUACCCACCCGUAUAUCUACUCUGGCCCGUGGCUGUUCUCGGCUCUGUUGCCAUAAGGCCUGAGGAGAGGGAAGUUUUCCAGGAUGUUGUCGCCUCAAUAUCUGCUGCAAAGCUAGGUGGACAUGCAGCUUGGGUACAGAAGAGGUUAGACAGGGUUUGGAGAAUUAUCGGUUCUGCACCUGAAGACCCAGAAGCCAGUCUUGUUGGUCUCCAGCUUCUGCUUGAUCAGGGGUGA